AUGGAGGAUAUGGAAACAGCAAUGGAGGGGCCGUCCCCUCAAGAAGUCCGAGCUGUGCUCGAGGGCAGGCUGGCUCCGCUGUUCUGCUCCAAGGAUUACAUGUCCUUCAAACGCCCUUGCCCCUUAGCACGAUACAACCGCACCAGCUACUUCUACCCCACCACAUUCUCCGAGAGCUCUGAGCACAACCACCUGCUGGUCUCUCCGGUGCUGGUGGCAAGCGCUGUCAUAGGUGUGGUCAUCACCCUCUCCUGCAUUACCAUCAUCGUGGGAAGCAUCAGAAGGGACCGACAGGCCCGGAUCCAGCGACACCACCAUCGCCACCGCCGCCACCACCAUCACCAUCACCGCCACCGCCGGCGCCGACACCGAGAAUACGAGCAGGGGCUGACAUCCACGAGAGCAGGGCCUGUAUGUGGUUCACCCUACCUGCACCCAACCAAAGAAGGUUUUCCAGAGGCCGUGGAAGAAGUGAUCUUCAUGAGUCUUUGUGCUUCUGGUGGUUACAUGCACAGCCAUUCCAGCCGCAGGAUGCCCUACGCCUGUAGCCCUGCUGAGGACUGGCACCCACCCUUGGACAUCAGCUCCGAUGGCGACGUGGAUGUCACAGUGCUCAGGGAGCUGUACCCAGAUUCCCCACCAGGCUAUGAGGAGUGCGUGGGACCAGGGGCCACUCAGCUAUACGUCCCCACGGAUGCACCGCCACCUUACUCCUUGACCGGCUCCUGCCCCACGCUGAAUGGCGUCCUGGACUCAGGCAACAGCCACAGCCACCAUCAGCGGGAGCAGAGGACCCAGGGCCAGAGUGGCCUCCACACUGUCUCCAUGGACACGCUGCCACCUUACGAAGCUGUGUGUGGAGCAGGCUCCCCAUCUGACCUGCUGCCACUGCCAGGACCAGAACCACAGCCAGCUAACACCCAGGGUUCAACCACCCCAACCCAGGCUCCAACUGCCAGCCCUGAGAGGAUUGUGUGAGUGACCCAGCCCAUAAGUCCCACUGGUCCUUCAAGGCUACCCUAUCUCCUCCGGGCGCACAGGUGCACAUACAACUGGCGCACAUGCAUAUACGACUACACACAUACACUGGCAUAUCCUACGUGCACACACGGACACAUACCACACGCAUAGAGACACCUGCAUAGACACAGGUCCCACUACUACAAAACUUACCUGGGAAGGUUUUCUUUAGAGGAAGUGUCCCCCAUCUGGUGUCUCUCCCCCAACCCCAGCCUUGCACCUGGUGGUAGUGCCUCUCUGAACAGUGCUGGGCAGAGGUGACGUAGGAAGCCCUACUUUCUUCCCUCUCCCCAGCUUCCUCUAGGCUGUGGCCACAAUCUGAUUCUCCUGCAGAAACUGCUUGGUCCACCUGCUGCCACAAGCCCUACCCCGGGGGCUUGUCCCACUGGGAGCCGAGAUAGGUCCCCGUGAGGCCCCUCUACGCACUGUGCCUAUCUUUCAACUCCAGGGCAGAAGAGCCCCAGUGUCACCAUCCCGCCACUUACACGGUGGAAAAACAGGUCUGGUGGCUUAGGCAUGACCUGGAGGUCCUCACAGCCCAUUGAGCCCCUUGCUGUCUCGAUGUCCUCAGCUUGGCGGUGCUAGUGGGUUAGCUCAGACACCCACCCCAAAGUACAGGGGGAGGACAGGCCCACGGGCCUGUGUCAUGGAGGAAGGUCACGGUUCUUCCCAUGCCCAUACCAGGACUGGGAGUUCAAGGAAGACAAGGUAUGGGUAGUGCUACCCAGACACUACUCUAGGCACAGAAUGGCCCAAUGCUCAGUCAAUGCCCAGCCAGCCCUGGCAGCCUGAGCCUGAGAGCUUUCAAGAGCUUUUCAAGCUGUCAUCCAGGGUGGCAACUCAUGGCUGGGGACUGAUUUGAUGAAUUCUGGCCUUGUCUCUCUGGGACAUAUGCACAGACAAAAAUAAAAGGAAUGUGGACCCCAUGGGG